AUGCCGCUUUUAGAUCUCUCGCAGGUACCGGAUCACGAUGGCCUUCAGGAAGAUGAAAUACCUUGUGUUGGAAUGCGGUUUGAUCAAUUGCAAAUGGCUCAUGAAUUCUAUGUGACAUACGCAAAGAAAGUCGGGUUUGCCACUAAGAUACGGACGACAACAUGUGAUAAGAUCACAAAUCAACCCAUUAACCAAGCUAUUCACUGUAAUAGGGAUGGGUUCCGUGUGUCUUGUGUCAAAGCGUCAACGCGGAAGAACAAGAUCUCAGCCGCUAGGUGCAAAGCAAGGAUAUACGUGAAGUUUGACAAGGAGACGCAAGACUGGAUUUUCUUCAAGGUGGAGCUUAGUCACUCGCACCCAUGUUCAGCGAGGAAGGCGGUGCACUACCAUGAGUAUAGGCAGCUGACCAUGCAUGCGAAGUGCGUGAUCGAGGAUAAUGAUGAGGCUGGGAUUCGACUAAACAAGACUUUCCUAGCUUUGAAAAAUGAGUUUGGGGUCCCAUCUAACCUGGGAUACUUAGAAAAGGAUUUACGAAACUAUAUUACAGCUAGGCUCCGAACCAGCAACGUCAACAUCGAUGUCAGAGAGAUGAUAAACUAUUUCAUGAGAAUGAAGGACAUCAAUCCAAACUUCUUCUACGCGGUGAAUUUGGACGAUGACUGCAUGGAUUACCGUUUGCGUCGUUUGUCGGUGUCAACCACUAUGAACUUUUGGUUCGAGAAGUCAUUUGAGGGUAACUGGUAUGAAUUCAUAGAUGAGCACAACUUAUAUAACAACACAUGGCUGUCAGACCUCUUUGAUGAUCGACACAUGUGGGUUCCAAUAUACUUCAAGGGUGAAUUUUGGGUUUCCAUGAGGAGCAUGCAAAGGAGUGAGAGCAUGCACUCAUUCUACGGAAAUUUCUUACACAGUCGGACUAGCUUGGUCCAAUUUGUUCGCGAAUAG